AUGAUUCGACAACCAAGUAGCGUGAUUAUUGCCGGACCCUCGGGCAGUGGCAAGAGCGACUUGGUGGAACAAUGGUUGCGGUACCUGAACGUGUUUCAAGUGAAACCCAAAACCAUGGUGUAUGCGUAUGACCGAUGGCAACCCAGAUUCGAGCGUAUGCAAAAAGAGGAUGGCAUUCGAUUUCAUCGCGGGUUACCGGACCCUAGUCAUUUGACAAAAUGGUUUGGCCCCACGCGAGGGGGUGUGUUGGUCUUGGAUGAUCUAAUGGAAGAAGGGGGACAAGACAAACGUGUGUUGGACUUGUUUACCAAAGAUUCCCAUCAUCGCAACAUUACCGUGCUGUAUUUGACACAAGAUUUAUUUCCACCCGGUAAAUUCUCCAAGACAAUUAAUCGCAAUGUGCAUUACAUUGUGACCUUCAAAAACCCACGAGAUCAAACGGGCAUACGGACCAUUUUACUUCAAGCCUUUCCUGACCGUUGGCGUCAAGUCUUGCGACUAUUUAAUCGUGUCACAUCGCGCCCUUUUGGUUAUUUGAUGUUGGAUGUUCAUCCUGCCUCGGAUGAUCGUUACCGUUUGUGGAGUCAUUUAACACCCCGAGAAGGUAAAGCGCAAGUCCAUACCUUGCCCUCGGAUGUCCCUACCAUUCGAAAACGCACUGCAACGAGAACGCGAACGUCAACGUCGGCAAAGAGAAGGAGGACAUCACACUGAAUUAUCAACACGCAUGAAUACCACAACCCUGUCUUCGAUAGAUGUGGAUUUACCGUCAGCAUCACCACCUCGGAAAAGCGUAAAAAAGAAAAUAGUCCUUUCACCUAAAAUGAGGUUCGACGAACAGUUAGCAACGCACCGAGCCUUGAGACUAUAAAAACGAGACACAUCGUGAAAAAGGUUCAUCAGAUGUUGUACAACUCAUCAUGCCACCCAAACGAAGACGACGGCGAAGAGUCAGCUAUCCACGCCGCCGCCGACACUACCAACGAGGGGGGAUUUUACCCUUUCUCAUUCCCGCGGCCAUCUUAGCAGCCAAGGCGGCGACGGCGGGCGCUAUUAGUGGGGGUGUAGGGUACGGCGUGAAGAAAGCCCUCGAUCGUAGACGAAGAUGAGAACCUAUAAAAAGGAGUGUGUUCCCUACCCCGUCACAUCACAUCAUGCCACCCAAACGCAGACGACAACGACGAAAGCAACGAGGAGGUAUUCUCCCGUUCCUCAUUCCCGCUGCCAUCGCUCUCGGCAAAGCGGCAGCGCUAGGAGCUGUUAGUGGUGGUGCUAGCUACGGUGCCAAAAAAGCUAUCGACGCGGCUACGCGCAAGAAAAAAAAACUCAGUCCAGCCCAAUUAGCGGCCAAUAAACGGCACGUUGAGCGUGCGUUAAAACGCACAGGAUGGGCUUUCUAAACUCCAUGCACGUUAUAAAAAGAAAUGAAAGGGUUUUAUAAAGACUCCAUUGAAUGAUGGUGCCUGCACCAACUCGAGUCCGAAAUGGUUAGCUCCCCAGAAAACGAUGCUGACAUCAUGGAUUGCAACGUAGAAGAGUGCUACUCAUGUUGGCGAUGGCUCUCUCGCCUUGCGAGGUCAAGAAACGCACAUGGGCGUGUAAAGGUUAGAAGCGAUGCAGUGCUCCGAAAAAGAAAAAAAGGUUCUAACGAUUAUUUUUUACAGUGCGACAAAAAUUUUGAAGACAGGUUGUGUCAACAGUGUCGCGACCACAUGCAACAAUAUUAUCAUGGGGAACUGUGUGGAGCACUUUUUACCAUAAAUAGACCUUCGGUCGAUGAUCCAAGGCAACAAUCACACCAUGGAUUGGCGCAUGGAACGUCAAGCUCCGUUUCUGAAGAGUGUGUUGCGAGAAGCGGACAAUCAUAAACGACAAGAAUUGUUACGGAUGGCCAAUGCGGAUCAGAUUAAUGCCAUCAGUGAGUUGGUCAUGAACACGAUCCGCGGAACCGUGCCCCGUUCUCGACACACCAUCACUUUGCUGAAACCCCAUGCUCAGAGUUUAAGAGACAUGGCCAAACCGGCUCAUUCGGUCAAACGUCGACGCGCUAUCAUGAUGUCUCAAAAAGGAGGGACUCUCUGGUCCGAACUCUACCGAUGCUAUAAACGUACCAUGCGUUAGACAUUAUACCUCAUUUACACCAUGGAGCAAGAGAUGGUGAGCACCUCUGUGGACAAUGCUCCGGCUUUUUUACAAUUACGAGACAAGUACAAACAAGAGUUGGUGGAAGAUACUCGCUUGACCAAAGCGGCAGAUUUAGCGGCCAAACAACAUGUGCUCUUGGCCAGUGAU